AGUAGAUUUUUGAGUCGUUUUGUGAGAGCGCGGCCGGCAAGCGGAGUCGUUCGGAUAAAUGAGUUUGCCGAACUAUUUGAUUUGCAAAUCGGGUGCAAGGAAGAGGAUAUGGAUGCUUUGUAUGAUAGGUUGUCCCAUUUCUUACGAGAAGUCUAUUUCAGAUAUUUAUUGACUGAUUCCAAACACCGAAAAGUGGUGCUGUGCGAACCGCCGAUGAUGCCAUUGAAAUUAAAAGAAUUGAUUGCCAAAGUUUUAUUUGAAAAUUUACAAGUUCCAUCGAUAUCCUUUGCUCCAUCGCACAUGUUAGCAUUGCUUACGACAGGUUGUACUACUGGAUUGGUAGUCGAUUGUGGACAUUUGGAGACGACCGUCAUGCCGACCUUCUCUGCCCGCCCUUUAACCUCAUUUAUCCGAACGACUCCGCUUGCCGGCCGCGCUCUCACAAAACGACUCAAAAAUCUACUCUGCAUGUCUGCGGAGAUGAUAAUUCCUCCAGAAACAAAAAAAGUCCCCGUCAUUCCGAAAUAUCUGACGCAUACCAUAAUCGAAGAUAUAAAAACACGCUUUCUUUUCGUAUCUCCCAUGCAUUUUCCUGCUAAUGGAGUCAUAGGCGUGGCAGAAAAGACCCCAGAGGAGGAUAUAGAAAAAAAAUAUGCGACCGACAGUAAAGUUGAGGAUCUGUAUUAUCCGAUUGCGUUAGGGACGGUAGGAGGAAAGAACCAGAUCGGUACACUUGUGGUGCCAGGGUGGAUUCGUGGACGCGCGGCAGAAGUAUUGUUUGAAGGCGAUGAGGACGAGUCGAGUGUUGUUGGAUGUUUAUUGGAGAGCCUUUUGAAGACACCGAUUCAUCUUCGUCGUUCCCUGGCAUCUUCUAUCCUCUUAAUUGGCGGUACUACAUUGCUUCCCAACUUCCAAGUCCGUCUUAGUCAAGAAAUGCUCCGUGCUCUACGUGUUGAUAAACGGUUUGCGAGUAUAUCUGGACUUGCUGACCAUAUUGGGUUCCUCGAGGAGUCUGGAAGUGGCAAAGUAUUUGUUGCGAAUUGCCGUGCAUGGGUUGGAGGAUCGUUGAUAGGGUCAUUAAAGUCUACGACAGCUGAGCUUACGAGAGAGAAAUUUGAAGGGCAAGUUCCCGAUUGGUCUUUGGGCAAUAUUCCUAAAGCAGUAUAA